UCCCGGAGCCGCUGCGCCCGGCCGGCACCCGGCACCCACCCCGCUGCGGACCGGGCCACCCAGAGAGAGAGAGAGAGAGACAGAGAGAGAGGACAGGGGCAGGGAGACAGAAGGACGAGGCUUGCAUCACGUCGUUGCAGGAUGUUCUGGAAGCUGUCCCUGACUUUGCUCCUGGUGGCCGUGCUGGCGAGGGUCACGGAUGCCCGCAAGAACCGGCCGGCCGGUGCCAUCCCUUCGCCGUACAAGGACGGCGGCGGCGGCGGCGGGGGCGGCGGCGGCGGCGGGGGCGGCGGCGGCAACAACUCGGAGCGGUGGCAGCACCAGAUCAAGGAGGUGCUGGCGUCCAGCCAGGAGGCCCUGGUGGUCACCGAGCGCAAGUACCUCAAGAGUGACUGGUGCAAGACGCAGCCGCUGCGGCAGACGGUGAGCGAGGAGGGCUGCCGCAGCCGCACGGUGCUCAACCGCUUCUGCUACGGCCAGUGCAACUCCUUCUACAUCCCGCGGCACGUGAAGAAGGAGGAGGAGUCCUUCCAGUCCUGCGCCUUCUGCAAGCCCCAGCGCGUCGCCUCCGUGGUCGUGGAGCUCGAGUGCCCCGGCCUCGACCCGCCCUUCCGAAUCAAAAAGAUCCAGAAGGUGAAGCAGUGCCGCUGCAUGUCCGUGAACCUGAGCGACUCGGACAAGCACUGAGCGCGACCCCCAGCACCCACCCACCCCACCCCCACCGGGCGAGCGUGCGGGCGGGCGGGUCGCUGCUCCCGCCCGGCCCCGCGCAGCAUCCUCGGAGCUCACGCGCAGCACGCUGUCUGGUUGUCCCCUGCUCCUCCUCUUCCUCCUCCUCCUCCUCCUCCUGCUGGGCAGCAAGCGCGUCCCUUGGGGCUCACGGUGCCCUUGAUGCAAACGUGCGCAGCGCGAGUGGAGCUUUGCUGAUUGUGGCGUUGUGGACCCCCGACCCCGGGGCCUCACCCUGCGCUUCCAAAAGAAAAGGGAAAAAGAAAGAAAGAAGAAAUCAGGCUCUGUGUGGAUCAGGACCGAUUGGAAGAGGCUGGAAAACCACUCCCAGUCACCAGAGAGGACCUUUCACGUGUCCUAAAUCCUCCUCUUCCUCCUCUUCCUCCUCCUCCUCCCUGCAUUUGAUGUUUCCACCAUGUGGAAAAGCAAGUACUGCCCUGGCCACAUCCCACACUCCAGCUCUGUCCUUUCUGUGUGAAGGACGUGCACAUCGCACAUCACUUUUCUAAUUCAAACAUCUACUGGUUACCGGAUCUCAGUGGGGGACGAGGGGCAUUUUAUCUUGUGACCUGGAGACUUCCCUGGGCCACUACUGUGAUGCCAGUGUGGACUUGGCCCACCAAGGAGAUGCUCACGGGCUCGGGGAGGGCGUCUCCCAACAAACCCGACAUCCAGAAGACCAAGCGGAUGAGGAAUGAUGCUUCCCUGGGGCCUGAGCGCACCGCAGGCCACACCCUUCCCACCUGUAGACACCACCGCCUCUUCUUCCUUGCUUCCCACGGCCCACACCUGGGGAGCUCAAGAUGAACUCUGGUGUGCAUGCUAUGCGCGCUGCAGUUGGACUGUCAACACACAAGAUCUCUGUAUUAACAUAGUCUGUUUUAUAAUUGACCUGUAUUGUAAAGAGCUAUUGAGAGAGUAUUACAGACCUCUAUCCAUGUAUUGAGUCACAUGUUUUGGCUCUGGCAGCGCCGUUCUGAAGAGGGAGCAGCACGGGUAAUGACCUGCUGAAAAGGUUAUUUUACUGAGGAAUACUGCCUGGUCAGCACAUCACUGCCACGCACCUGUUUUAGAUUGGAGAGGGGCAUGGGAAGACUCAUCAUUUUACGUUGAGUAUGACGUCGCUGAAAGCACUAAAGUAUUGUGGAUCAGUGUAACAAUUGGAUUGGGAUGGACCCGUAUAUGGAGGGGGAAUUAUUGGGAAGUAGCUAGUGUAGAGCCCUUGUAAUGUUUAAUGUACAUAUGGGGGUGAGGCUGUACACUAUUUUCACUGCCAUAACACUAAGCAAAAACUAUUGCUGAUAAAAGAUGUUUAAGGAUGUAAGGGUUGGGUCCCUUUCUGGCACAGGAGGAAGUUAAGGAUAAAUAUAUAGAGAUUAGUAAUGUAGCUUAACUGUCCCCCAGAAGAUAGUUUCCUUUGCAAAGAAUGUACUUAUAAAAGUAUAAGCAAACACCUUUCGUUUUUCUAAUAAGUUGUUGACGUUUUUCAUAUUGUGGUCUUUUGAUAUGAGGAAGUUGAAAUAAUUUAUUUCCUCACAAAAUUAUACUCACUUUUAGUCAAUUGCCCAAGAGAGGCCUCUUUGUGAGUGAUGUGUAUGGAAUCUGACAAAUGUGAAUGACAUGCCAUUGUUGGGAAGCAAAACAUACUAAAACCUUUUGCUGGUAAUUUCCAAGUGAGUGCUCUUGCCAAAGGGUGGGUUCGUGUGUGUGUGUGUGUGUGUGUGUGUGUGUGUCAGAGAGAGAGAAAGACCCUGUGCAAGGUGCUCUGAGACUGAGGUUCCUGACAUAUAGUAGUGACAGCUGCUUUCUAGUCCUGCCACCCCAAGAACAAGGAUUGGGACAGGGUGUUAUCAGCCAAUCUAUUGGCUACUGCUGAAAUGCACAUUCUAGAUUUGUGUCAUUUCUGCAACACCCUCAAACCUGAGCACAGAUUGUGCACUUGUGGAGGAAGUCUUGGCUCCAGCAAUGAGUGUGUGCAGCCUGAAGUGAGGCGGAGGCCGAAUCAGGAGCAACCAUCGACUCCCAGAAUCCGAGUGUGGAGAUGAGAAGUGGAGAGGGCGGGUGUCUGGGGUCAGAGCUGUGAUGUUUGCAUGUAGCAGAAAUCCUCAAGCAAGUCAGCACAGGGUAUGCAGCAUAAGGCUGUGAAGGAAGAGAAUCCACGUGACCCUAGUGGAGGCUGAUGGAGUGUAAUGAGAGGGAAGGUAAGGGGAGUCAACAACACAACCGCAAAACCAACCCCUGCCACAAAGCACGGGAGAGUGAAGCUAGGAACCCACUGAAAAUAAACCUGACCACUCUGAUCCCAAUCCUUGGGAUUAGCCAUGAAAGCAGUAUGUUAUGCAGUAGUCUGGGGCUCCCUCUGGGGUUAAUGUAUGUAUAAAGUUUACCUUAUACUGGCUCAAAUUGUAUUUAAUUUUUUGUUUUGUUUAUAAAUGAAGAAAAGCUUUAAGUAUAAUGUAAUUAUUUUAUAGGUAUACUAUUAAGUUAUAGAACAAAUAAAGAUACUCUAGGAUUAUAUGUGACGCUGGUGUGAUGUACCAUGAAAGUGGAAUUUUGAACUUGUGUCUGUAGUUCUGACUGUGUGUUCAGAGCACAUUAGUCCCAGCCACCUUGAAUUCACCACCUGGCCCGUGUCACACAAACUUCUUGGAGGCUGGCAUCUUUGGAGAUAAUCAUAAUCAGGCAUUAAAUGAGCAAAAAAACGCUGAAUGAGGACGCCUUGAGGCUACUGCACAUCCAGAAGCCAUGUCUUCCCUCCGGGAGCCAGUGCACUACCCUUGUCUUUUACUCAAGCCACAAACCGUCCUGACUUACAUUUGCUUCUCACAACUUUCAACAGUUCUUAAUUUAAAGGCGUCUCACUUUCACAAUAUCUUCAUGUUCCUUCAAAUUAAACUCUGCCAUUCAGGAAAUGCAAUGAUCAAUUUAAAAAAAGAAACUUUAAUAAAAUUGCACAUGGUGAUUCACUGUACAGACCUUGCAGGAUUUAAAUUUAACAUACCAACAUUCUUAGUUUAUUAAUUGAAACACAAUAUUCUACUUUGGUCUCUAGUAUCCCAAUUCCCUUGCUACUCAAGUUGGCUGACUGAUUUUUUUAAGGUUUGUAAAGUCAACGAAAAUGAACUGUUGCUAUGGCAUAAACAACUGAGAAUGUAUUUGUUUCUAGAAAGCUUAAUUAAGGAUUGGUCUAUCACCACUAAUUAUUAAUGUCUGCAUGGGACAUAAUGGUAAGAUCAAAUCAUAAAUAAUGCCAUUAAAGCUUGUUGGUCCUCAGGUUA